GAUUUUCUCCUAACUGACAAUCAACUGUCUGGCGAGGAAUGCCGUGAGGCAAUCUCCAUAUUGAAACAUACAACUGAUGAAUCGGUUGUCAAAGAGAAAAUGAGGGCAACAUUUCAAUACCGUCAGACGGUAGUUCAACAAGACCAGCAAGACUCCUCUACAGUCCUGGAUGUUUUCCCACGUUUUCUCGAUACACCUGGCUUGAUUGACCAAGACUUUGCCAUGAUGUUUGGAGAGGAGGCUUCUGGCAGAUUCUUGGCAAAAUGGCCCACUUUCUUCAAACCCAGGAUCCUGGAAAACUGCAAGAAUUCUAAUGAGAAUGUUGAAGACUUGUUGUCUGGGCAUCACUCCUCAGAUGCGUCUGGCUGGGACAGUGACCUGUCAAGCAUCCUACUGCUGGUUCACCUACUUCCCCCUACUGCAAAAGGACCCAAGAGUCCUAAAAUUAGCUCGCAUCAAGCAAUCAAACAUGUGAGAUAUUUGAGGAUUGGCGCCAGUAUUGAGACCUUCCUUGAGAGAUUGGAACCUGGACAACCCAUCCUCCUGUGUGUCGGUGAAGAGAAGAACAACAUCCAAAGAUUCUAUGUCAUCGUUGACCACAAGGCCAUCCCUUGCAAGGCUCAGACGUCCCUGGCAGCUUUCGAUGAACUCUUUAAGGCCCACUUCAUCUUCAGUGUUCACUACCACGAAUCCCUUAACAGCUUCUACACAUUCAUCCAAACAACUGUGUUCAACAUUGAUGUGGGAAGUACCAAGGAAAGUCCUCGUGUGAAGGAGCUCAGAGCAAGACUGCUGAACACAAGUAUCUGAGGUGACACACAUCCUUGGCUGCAAAUAUGUUGAUUUGUUUUAUCUGCAAGUUACACCACAUAAGUUCUAUGUUGCUUUGUAAGCAUUUGAGAUUUUACCAUGGUUUAUAUCCAGGAAAGACAUUACGUUUGAAAUGUGGACAGCCGGGAUGUUCUUUA